UUCUGCUUUAUUCUCAUUUAGAUGAUGUUUCUGUUUAAAGACACAAACGACACUACUCAUAUAUUUCGACAUGCUGUGGCCCAAAUUCUGCUGUGAAGGUUUUGUGUCUGUUAGGUUGCACCAAGGAGUCCAGGCCCCCACCCCACACCAGGGGUCUUACUGCAGCUCAGAUUGGGGAUUUGAAGGGGGUCAGGGUGUGGUCACAGGGCUGAACAUGUAUCAACCUUUUCCAUCCAUCCAUUUUCCAAACCGCUUAUCCUACUGGGUCGCGGGGGGGCCCGAGCAAUGGGCACGAGGCAGUGAACAACCCAGGACAGGGGGCCAGCCCAUCGCAGGGCACACUCACACACCAUUCACUCAGCUAUGCACACCUAUGGGCAAUUUAGCAAGUCCAAUUAGCCUCAGCAUGUUUUUGGACUGUGGGGAGAAACCGGAGUACCCGGAGGAAACCCCAUGACCACAUGGGUCUCCCCAUGGAAAACAUGGGGAACUCCGCACACAUGUGACCCAGGCGGAGACUCGAACCUGGGUCCCAAAGGUGUGAGGCAACAGUGCUAACCACUGCACCACCAUGACACCCUGCCUUUUUCGUAUCAACCUUUUUAAAUAUUUUUUUGUAUACAGUAGAACCUUGGAACUCAAACACCUCUUAACUUGACCAACUCAGAUAUUGAGUGGGUCUGUCAUUUUUUUUUGACAUGUACCUUAAACGAAAUCUUGGAACUCAAACAUUCCUGGUAAAACUUGUAUGGGUCGAGACACGUCUCCCCUUCCAAACAAUGACACACCAAAGUUCACCUCAAUACAGGUAAAGUGCUCAUCAAUUGUCACUUAUUUCAUGAUUAUUACUUUUCUAUGUGUGCUUUUUUUUAUGUGCGUAUUAGUUUUAUAUUGAUUGACAAUGUUUUUUUAUCAUUAGUUAGGUAGGUUGAUAGGUUUAAAUAGGCCAUCAUUUGGGGAUCUGGAACGGAUUAAAUUCAUUUAAAUAAUUUCUUAUGGGGAAAUUCAACUUGGACCUCGACCAAAUCACAACUUGACUAGCUUUCUGGAAUGAAUAAAGUUCAUGUUCCAAGGUACCACUGUAUUUGUAAAAGAUUGUGUUUACUCGGUUCAUUCAAUGUUUUCAUUCACAGUAACGAGGUGGCUUUGGAGUCAGCUUGGCAGAGUUAUUUCUCGAUAUUUAGACUGACAUGCCAUCUAACAGCUGCUAAGCUUCUUGGUGAAACUGCAUUAAAUUUGGGUUAAAAUCAAGUUUUGGCGUUGAGUAAGCUAUUCAAGCGGGAUGAUCUUGUAAUGUGCAUUUAGAUCAGCUUCAUUUUGUUUAGGUGAAACAGGGGGCUCUCAAGUCUCACACAUUUCAACUAGUUCACAUGUUCAUAUACCACACCUUGUGUUUCUCAUGCUGAGAAGUAAAGGAUAACUCCCACCAAUUUGUCCCAAUAUAUAGAAUUAAUGUAUGAUGCACAGGCAUACAGAGUGGAGUUUUCCGAUGAGUUCAUAGCUUUCCCAGCCAAUCAUAAAAUUAACAUUUGUAGAUUUCGGGUAAAUUCUAAAAUAAGUUACAAGCACAUUAUUACAUGGACGUGCACACACAUGGAGUACAGAUGAGGUGGAAGUGGAAGAGCAAGAUCUGAUGAAUGCGGUAGGCAGGGCUCUCAAGUUUCAUGCAUUGACCGUGAGACACACGCUCCAGAUCUCACUCCAAACUUUUGAUGAAACUUGAGAGUCCUAAACAUAAUAAACACAACCAUCACCAUUCUGAGAAUGGAGAACACACCCUUUCACUAGUUGAUAAAUUCCACCGGUCAUAUUUAUACCUCAGACCUGCUAGAUGUCUACCAUGCUAAGCUGACAGGUUUGAUUGGAUCCAGCUGGGAGAUUCCACAGCAGGUCAUCGGUCCACCCCCCAAGUUCACCUGCUGAUAUCGUCCUCCAGGGGCCACUCUUCUUUCACCCUGCCCUGUAGUUGUCCCCCUUCGGAUGUUUAUGCCAAGGCUAUAUAAGGUUGUCAGCCAGAGUCUUGGACUGCAGGGGCAGCAGCUCUUUCACUGACCAGGCUGGGCCAAACCCUGUGAGAUGCUCCAAAAAAGGACAGGCAUCACUUGGAAUGUGCCUCCCUUGUGAGGGGGGUCCCCUCUGGACUCUGUUUAAAUGGGCCCAUCUGACGGUCCGGCCACACUCACCACCUGCUGCGUCUAAAGCCAGUGGAGCCUGUUCCAGAGCCAGUUCACGGUGAGUUCCUGGGGUUGCGAAGUCUGGUUCGGUGUACUAGGGGGAUUGAUGGAGAAGUUGUAUGUAUGCGUGGUGGGCCAGAAUGGGAGAUGCAGUGGGUGCUGCUGAAGCUGGGUCACAUUUAAAAAUGGAGCUUUUGUGGUGUACACUGAGGUCUCCCUCAAUAUCCUAAGACACCAAAAGCUCACACACUUCUCUAUUGGGUUCCUGCAUUACUUCGCCAUCUUCGUUUUUCUAACAUGCCACUGCUGUACCUUACGGUUCUUGCUGAAUGCAAAGGCACCCACACUCCUGUGGGGGUCCCUGUCUCCUCCCUGCAGAUGUCUAAAGUCAAGACAGUCCUCCCUCCGGGGUGUACCCUCAACAUAAAUGACCCCCAAGUGCAGGAAGCAGCUAUUCGUAUUCAGGCAUCUUACAGAGGCCACAGGUCACGUAAGGAGCUACGUGAGAAAGGGCCCCCCAAGGUCCUGCAGCCAUUGACAGAUGUGCUGCUGCUGGAAGGUAGCGCAGCCAAGCUAGAGUGCCGGGUCAGCGCCUUUCCCGACCCCUUCAUUGUCUGGUCCAAGGAUGGCCAAGAGCUCAAGGACGGGCCCAAGUAUCGCUACGUGUUUGAGGACCCCAACGUGGUGGCCCUGGUGGUGUGUGACGGCGUGCUGGGUGACCUGGGCCAAUACACUGUGAAGAUCAAGAACCCCUUUGGGGAGACCUCAGACUCAGCCUGCAUCAUGGUGGAGGUGCCUGCCAAGAUCACCAAGGGGCCCGACAGUGUGAAGGUGAAGAGGGGGUCAAUGGUGAAGCUGAGAGCGGAGAUCAGCGGGGAGCCAGCGCCCGAUGUAGGCUGGCUAAAGGACGGGGAUGACAUCAAUGAGGAUGACAGGGUUUACUUUGAUGUCGGAGACACUGACACGAUCCUAACCAUCAAAAACGCACAGCUUGCAGACACAGGGAAGUAUGAGGUCUUUGUGGAGAACAAACUUGGAGUGGACCAGUCCUUUGCCCGUUUGGACAUCCUGUGAAGAGGCAGGGCAGGUAUGGACUUCUGCCCUGUGGCCCUCUCUGCUCUGAUAUCAUCCGGGACAGGUUACUUCUUCAUCACAGGGUUAGGAGGAACCAGGUGCAUGACCUACAGAAAAUCGCCUUGCAGUAAGGAUGAAUCUGAGCUACAUGAGGUGCAGGAUGUCUCACCCUUCAGCUUCCCGUUUCUCUUCCUCUUGUGAAAAAGCACGACAAACCAUGAGCAAAUGCUCUGUUCAGAAGCUAUAGGCUUAGAGAUCCAUCCGUGGACAGGUGGAGGCCCUGACUUAAUCCCCCAUCAGCAUCUCUGAUAUUUAAUAAAGGACUGUACAUUUCUCUAA